GGCUGAGGUACCAGUUAUGCUGUUUAUGGUGUAGGAAAAGUCAGGACCCCUGCUAGAGAUUAAUCAUUUACUCUGGGUUCUGGGGGCUCCCUAACACUGCCCGUCCUUUUGGCUUUCUGAUGUUUGCGCGUCAAGAACACGUUGUAUCCAGCCCUCGGCUCUUCCAGAAUGUCCCCUGAACGUCCCCUAACAGCUGCAGUGCCCCUGUCUUCGUCGCCUGUUGCUUCCUCAUCUGGGAAGGAGACGGGACAGUGGAGGAGGGAAGAGGGCUGUGACUGAUCAUUGUGUUGUUAGUGUUAACUGUCAGUUACGUCUUCAUUGACGUAGAACUGUUUGGCUGACUGUCCAACACGUCCUCGAAAGCUUCUGUUGCGAGAUAUUGGGUGAAUUUUACAGGUCCGGCCGUGACACAGAGCGUCGCAUGAGAAGCACCUAGGCUUCAGGGCACCGGAGCUGCCUCCUGGAAUAGGGUACAGAGCCCAGGCUCUGUCGGCGUGAGCGGAGGCCGGCCCAGUUGCCGUCUGGUCCCCUCUGCCCUCUGAACCGCUUGCCGCAGCAUCAUCCUCUGGCACGGGAGACAUGACGGUGGCCAGCGCCAAGUGCACGUCGGCCAUGCAGCAGGUCCUGGACAACCUCGACGACCUGCCCAGCUCCACGGGGGCCGAGGAUAUCGACCUGAUCUUCCUGAAGGGCAUCAUUGAGAGCCCCAUCGUCCGCUCGCUCGCCAAGGCCCACGAGCGGCUAGAGGACGUGAAGCUGGAGGCGGUCCAGGACAACAACGUGGCGCUGGUAACGGAGAUCCUGGAGGACAUCCGCGGCCUGAGCCUGCAGGACCGCAGUGCCUCAGAGCUCUCCAGGAUCCUGACGGAGCCGCACUUCCAGUCGCUGUUGGAGGCUCACGACCAGGUAGCGUCGAAGUCCUACGACACCCUGCCAUCCGAGGUCACUAAGGACUCAUCGACGGGCAACUGUCUGCAGGCGGACGCUGUGCGGAUGAUCGGAAUUCAGAAGAAGAGUGGAGAACCGCUGGGGGUGACGUUCCGCGUGGAGAACGGCGAGCUCGUGAUCGCCCGCAUCCUGCACGGCGGCAUGAUCGACCGGCAGGGCCUGCUGCACGUGGGCGACGUCAUCAAGGAGAUCAACGGGCACGGAACGGGCGGCGACCCCCACCACCUGCAGGACAUGCUGAAGGAGAGCAGCGGGAGCCUCACCCUCAAGAUCCUACCCAGCUACCGCGAGCAGGCCGCCCCCUCGCAGGUUUACUUGAAGCCAUACUUUGACUACAAUCCAGCCAAUGACAACCUGAUCCCCUGCAAGGAGGCGGGGCUUGGCUUCUCCAGAGGAAGCGUCCUUCAGAUUGUCAACAAGGAGGACCCCAACUGGUGGCAGGCGUGCCACGUUGUGGGCGGAGUCACAGGACUGAUCCCCAGCCAGUUCUUGGAAGAGAAGAGGAAAGCGUUUGUGCGGAGAGACUGGGACGGGUCAGGUAUGCUCUGUGGGACGGUCAGUGGGAAGAAGAAGAGGAGGAUGAUGUACCUGACGGCUAAGAAUGCAGAGUUUGACCGUCACGAACUGCAGAUAUAUGAGGAGGUGGCGAAGAUGCCCCCUUUCCAGAGGAAAACGCUGGUUCUGAUCGGAGCGCAAGGGGUGGGGCGACGGAGCCUGAAGAACAGGCUCAUGAUUCUCAACCCGAGCCGAUUCGGUACCACCGUCCCCUUCACGUCACGGAGCCCCCGCGAGGACGAGAGGGACGGCCACUCGUAUCGCUUCGUGACGCGGACGGAAAUGGAGGCGGACAUCAAGACGGGCCGGUAUCUGGAGCACGGCGAGUACGACGGGAACCUCUAUGGAACCAAGAUGGACUCCAUCCACGGGGUGGUGAGCAGUGGCCAGACCUGCAUCCUGGACGUCAACCCUCAGGCGCUGAAGGUUCUGAAGACGGCCGAGUUCAUGCCGUUCGUCGUCUUCAUAGCCGCCCCGGAGCUGGAGACGCUGCGGGCGAUGCACAAAGCCGUCGUCGACGCGGGAAUCACCACAAAGCUGCUCACGGACAAUGACCUAAAGAAGACGGUGGAUGAAAGUGCAAGGAUCCAGAGAGCCUAUGACCACUAUUUUGACCUCACGAUUGUCAACAACAACCUGGACAAGGCCUUUGAGGAGCUUCAGGUGGCCGUGGACAAACUGUGCUCAGAACCACAGUGGGUCCCAGUCAGCUGGGUCUACUGAGCUUUGCGGACCUGAUCCCGAGCAGAGUUGGGGGGGUCACCUGCGUGAACCCCACCCACAAAGCCCCAGGUAAUGUGAGGUCAGCCAGCACAGCUACCGGCACCAGAGACCCCCCCGGAUGCUGACCUGUUUUCUACUACACAGACCAAAGGGAAGUGAACUUGCGUUUAUUUUUUAAUAACUUUUACAGUAACUUUCGAUUGGAAAUGGAUGUUGCAAUUUGUGUAGCUUAUCUGUGCCCUGGUUAUCUUUCAGAAGCCAACAUUUUGAUCUACCAGCCACUUCUAAAGUUUUUAUUUAUUAAUCUGGGUGAGGAGACCUUUCAGAGAAACAUCACAUCACCGUAUCUCACCUUAAACAUGUUUACAGUACAGGCCUUGUCACCAUGACGAUUACACAGCUCUCCCCUGUGAAUCCCACUUAACGUAAGAGUCAAGGGGAGGAACUUGCCCUAAGCGCUUCGUGUUCCUCAUUCAUGUCUGUGUACCUGACAGCUUCAGCUAGGAGAGUUCAGGACGGUGCAAGCACACUUUGCAGGAAAGUUUGUCCAUUUUAUUUUUCCAGGGUUUGUGACGUAUCGGAUAUUUAUCCUUAAGACGCGUGUUCUGCUUUAGAUGUGGCUCUGGACCUCGAAGCUCUUAGAUCCUGCCUUCGGUAUGCACUGCGGAAAAUGCCGGCGCUCUGUUUAAUGACUGGUGGUUUGUUUGUGCCUCUGAAUGAUGACCCAGCCCCCCCCCCCCCCCCUUUUUUUAGGGUAAUUAGUCACGGAGAGAGAGACCAGCCUGCCUUUCGUUGUACUUAUGUGUGAAUUAACUUCUCCUUUUCAUGUGACGGACAUGUCCUACCGAAUAUUUUAUAAUGAAGAGACCUGUAUUUUAAGAUGUUUGAUAAGUUUGCUUAAUAAAUUUCAGGCUGCUGACAA